AUGGCGUCCGCGAAAACACAUCGUCGAAAUUCAACGGGGAAUACUUGUCACGAUAGAACUGAUGAUCGGCUAAAGAGGGAACAUUUUCUUCACCCAAACUCGGAUCAAAUAGAUCUUAACCUGCUUCUUCAGGCUGUCCUAGAUAUUAACGAGAAACUGAAUGAAAAACAAGGGGACACGACUGAACGAAAAAUGGAAGAUGUAGCAGAAACCCGAGCAAAGUUAACUUCGAAGGGUUAUUGGGACGAUGCAAGAGGGGUUAAAGAUUUCGACGACACAGCUUCAAGACAUUCAUCAGUGUCUACAGCAUCUAGAUCAAGGCCUAGAAGUGCUGUAAAUCUAAACGAAUCAAGGCGUCCGGCGCCUCUUGAACGCAAAAAUAUGUCGUUCAGUAACACAACGGUUGACGCUAUUGAUAGAGAAAACCAGAGACUGUUAAAAGUAAUUACAAGAACAAGAGGAAGGCCGAAGACGGCGCAACCGAAAAAAGCUGUCUCAGAACCCUUGAGGGUGCAAACAUCGUCUGAAGUGAAUAGAUACAGGUUUCAAAGAAAAGUUGACAUGGAAAACCAGGUAAGAAAAAAAGCUUUAAUAAUAGUAUUAUAAGCAACUUCUGAAUCGAGGGGUCGAAAAUGAAUCGAGUCUAGUUGAUUUUAAUAUAUACGUACAUAAGAUCUGUAAAGUUAUCUUCCAUCAAGGCAUUAUUACUUUGUUUUCUUAAUUUGUUUGAAAAGUAUACCUGCACAGUGUAAUUACUUUUCAAAGCGAUGAAUAAUACAUCACUGACGCUUUUUCAGCAGUCUGUGGAAUAAAUGCCUCAAAAUACACAAAGAAUGUUUCAGCCACUUAACAAACCAGCCUUUAUUUUCAUGCUGUCCCUAAAACGUGAACUUGGGCGUGUACACCAAUUUUGUUUUGAUUGUGAAAGAAGCUGACAAGCGCUCUUCUGUGAGUCGUUUAUGCAGUACAAAAGCACCUAGCUGGAGAGCAAUAGACUCAUUUGAACAAGACAAAAAGGGUUUUGAAUUAUAAUUAAUUCCCUUGUUUUUCCUCUCCCAGGGCAAUCUCUUAUUCUGACCAACACAUAUGUGAUAAUUUUCUAUCACUAGCUCCAUAGGGCUUGUGUACAUGUAGAUGCAUACUGGUCUUCUUGGUUGCUACAUGUAUAAUCUCAUUAGCAUCUCAAAGUUCAGAAAUAGCCCUUCUGCAUGUUUACAUCAGAGAAGUAAAUUUCACCACCAAGUGCCAUUUUCAAAAUGUAAAGUCGCAAAGUUUUACAUAAAUGAAUUCUCAAGGCAGUACAGUUGAAAAGAAAACCCACACACUAAGAGAGCAAAUGCAAAGAAUUUUGCUCACUAACAAGGCUUGGUGGUGAAAUUUGCUCAUCUGACGUAAUCACAUAAGGGCCGUUGCUUGUCUUGCUUCCUUCUGUAUGUUACCAGUGCUCCUUGCUCCAACCAUUUUUGCCAUGGCAAAUUUAAAAAAUUUUUGAAUUGCAGAUAAAGUUAGCCAGCAGUGUGUUCAGGGUCUUGUGUGAAGCUAUAGUGUUUUUAAUAGUUACUAUAUGGUUAAGUUUUUAAAGUUUACAGUGUAAGUGAGAUAGUGAAUUUACACUCUAGAUUACACUCUAUCAUAUUAUUAUAUAAAUUAUAUAGAACCCAAGAAGAUUCAUGUGUUAAGUAAAAUCACCUUAAAACAGUUGCAUAAAAUAGUAUUUACACUGUAUAAUAUUUUCUAUCCGAAGCCCUGACUAACUACUAUUUUAGCCAAUAAUUAGGCAGCCCCAAGUAACUCCUGUGCCCAGUUGUUCAAAAGGUGGAUAGUGCUAUCUGGUGGAUAAAUCUCUAUCCAGUGGAUAGUGCAAUUUAUUGGUUUCCCAAAUACUUAUCCACGGGAUAGCAAUUUAUCCGGUGGAUAGCACUAUCAAACAUUUGAACAACUGGGGCCUGAUCUAAAUUAAUGUCAGGGGCACCCAACGACGGUUUCCUCCUACCACAUUGAAAACACUUUUUAGGCCAUCCUGAGUACUUUAAGAUCUCUAGAAAUGCAUUCUAAGCGGUGCUGUGAAAUUUGUAUCUGUUCGGUCAUCCUAGGGGAACUUGAGCCUUUUCGAAAUUACAAGGGCUUCAGCAUUAUUUUCCCGAAACUUUUAGAUGCAAUUUAUAAAUAUAUUACGAAAGUGAGAAUUUUUCUGAUUUUUCUCUCUAUGACAAUUUUUAAUCCAAAUAUUUUUGGUCUCCUUUUUUCAACAAAAAAUCGCCUUAACUGGGGAAUGAAUUGUGAAAAAUCAAAACUCAGAAAAUUGUAGGGGAUAUAUUACCUUCGAAAAUUGUAUAUGAAUACAUGGUCAUCUAGACCUUUUUAGCCAUCCUCAAGUCAAAGAAAAUUCUAGGCAAUAUUUGCUUCUCUGAACAGAUAUUUUACAGAAAACAGUCGUUGGGUGUCCCUGUUAAUGUUCUCUUUUUGAUUUACAAGGACAAAUCAGGCAAACUGGAGGAAAACCUAGCAGACGAUCAAAGUCAUCUAGGGGUUCAGUUAAUUGCACUCAAAGUAAAAUAUGUAGGGUUGUAACAAUACAAAUUAUCAUUCAUUGUAAAUUUUUUUCCUUUUCAUUGGCCAAGAGCCCACUAAGUGACCUGCAAAUAACUGCCUACAAAUAAUGGUCUGCUAAUGUGCAAUGUCAUCUAACUAAUUGUUUGGCUGCAAAUAAUAAAUUACUCUUCUCAUACGUUAAUGACACCAUGCUUUUCUCCUUCUUGCGAUCGCUCAUGGAAAUGGCAAAUCGCUGAACGCUUCCCGAGGAUAUUCAUUAAAAAACCAACUCAGUGAUCGAAUAAUAAAACAAUGAUUGAACUCAGUUAUCGCAAAAUAUCGAGAUUUGCCAGUGUCUUACAGACCAAAAAUACAGCCUGCAAUACAUGCAAGGACCACUGUACCAUGCACAAUACUCUGCGAAACUAGUCAAGACUACUUUCCUGUGCUUAGUUAUGCCCAAUACUGCACAGUUGACAAGUGACAAAUAAAUUAUGAGCAUACCUUUGUUCCCCAUCUUGUCUACCAUCUGUCAGAAUAAGAUGAGAAGCAAGGAUGGCUAAUUUUUCAUUUCCUUGUUUUCAUUGUAAAUCACAAAUUAUGGCUAACAUGCAGAGGUUGGUUAAAAAAUGAUAAAGACAAUGAUUUCAAAUGAUUUUAAUGUAGCAUACAGUGUAUAAUAUUAUUGUGUUGCAAUAUUGUUAUCUCUUUGUCAAAUGUUAAUAUUCAUAUCUUGGGAAGGAUAUCAGCAUUUCCCAAUGCAUUGGGUUAUCAUUACAACCACCAUAACUAAAAAAGUAUGUUAUAGGAAUGCAAGCAAUAUCAAGGCAGUAAGAACCUCAAAUUUAUAUACUAAAACUGAUUAUUUUUCUUUCUUCUUCCUUCUUAAGAAAUUGCUGCAAAGACUUGAAGCCAUCAGACCAACAAGAAGUUUGUCAAGAGACUCUUUACUCAAAGACCACUUCAAACAAAAACAGUACUCAAAAACAGCCUCAAGAAGUCGACCUUCUAGUGCUAAGAGUACAACAUCGAGUGUCUCCCAUUUUUCACGUUCUCCCAGUGAGUCAAGUCUGAUGAUUGGAGAUUCGCUGAGUGUUACAAGUUCCAGGAUAUCAAGUGGCUCACGUCAAUCUGCACAGCGGAGAAAAAUUUCUAGACCUGUAUGGGAAUCUGGGUGGUAG